AUGGCUCGCCUCUUCGCCAUCGCUGCUCUCCUCCUCGCCUUAUCAGCUUCAAUCACCGCUCAGGGCCCGGCCGCCGCUCCCCAUUCCUCAGCUCCCACCUCCUCCGCCACCAUCUCCACCCCCACAUCCUCCCCGCCGCCUCCCUUCCACCACACCCACCCUCAAGGCCUCCCCCACUCCCGCCCCUCCCACUCGCACUCCGUCACGGCCCCCGCCCCAGCCCCGACGAAGGACGACAGCGCCGCCCCUGCUGAGGUCCCCGGCAUCCACCGCCCCCGUCAGCGAUGCCCCGCGAGCGCUCCGUCGCUAGAUGAUGCGGCAGACGCCCAUCUGACGCUCCCGCCCCCGCCGCUGACGACUCGAGUUCCGCCACCGUGA